AUGCCGCCCCGGCGCUCCUCGACGCGCUCCCAAGCCCGCCUUCCCCAGGGCCAAACGGGCAUCCAGCGCUUUACGAGAGCGUCAAAGCCAGGUGCGACGCUUGCUGUGGAGGGGAAGGAAACUGCCACUACCGCUACUGCCACUGCCGCUACUGCUACUGCUGCUCCUUUCCUUCCCACGUCCCCGUCAAAGAAGCGGAAAUUGAAUGAGAUUGGAAACGGCGAGAGCGAAGAAGGAGUUCGAUCGGAGGCACAACGACAGCGACAGCAACAGCAACAGCUGGAAGACGCUGCCAAUGCCACGCCUUCGAAAACCUUACGAUUUAGCAGCCUCUCUGUGUCGACGCCGCGCAGUUCCCGCACCCGCCAGUCGUCAGAAUCCCAAACGUCCAGUUUCGAGUCUUCAACGACUCCGUCGGGAAGGAGCUCACCACCUACAUCUCCCUCGAGAGGCAGUAGUCCCUCUCCAUCUGCACCGCUAGACGAGACCACCGUUCCCGAGCGCUCCCCGUCCCCGUGUCCGAGCCGUCCUGCCGCGUUUUAUGAUCUGUUGAGCCUCCAUUCCUCCUUCCUCACGGCCAUAGCACUGCAUUUUGCCCACAAUGGCGCCUCCACGCCGGCCGAUCUCAGGGAAUUGCUGCCGAGCAUCGAGAGGAUAUGGAAGAAGCGCAAGGUCGUCACGAGGGACUUGCAGAGAUUGAUCCGGAUAUGGGACGACGAUCCCGAGUCUUUGGGCUUUCGGUUUCGGAUUGCCAACUACGGCCUGGGCAAGAUAUGUCUGGAGAGGGUUUCUCGGGAUUCUACUAGUUCUCUUGGGGGAGGAUGUACCGCUGGUCGGUUCGAUGAGAACGAGCUCCAGGAGAGAUUCACACAGAAUCUGGACAGGAUAUGGAGGAGAAUGGCCAACAACUCCAAGGAGAAGAAGGGUGAUGAGACUGGUUUUGUCGAGAGGCUGGGAAUCGCGCCGAUUCACGAUUCCUUGACGCCUUUCACCGCGCUGCGCAAGGGACAGCAGCGGCUGCAGGAUUUGAAGGGGGGUGUUAUCAAGAUCAAAACGGCGAAAAUGAAGGCCAAGGCCAACGAUGCUGAUGUCCAGCCACGGGAACCGACAACGGACCGCCGAAAGGGUCUUCUGGAUCGCAUCAAGAGCAAGGAGAUGCUCCAGGCAAAACUGCCUCCUCCGCCGUCGAAAGAGGAGCUUCUGCGCCGGUCUGCUGCAGAACAUGUGGAGGACGUUGCGAAGGUGUUGGCUCUGCUGCGGCCGACUGACUCCGUCCAGACCGGGGCCAGUAGUGCCGUAACGGCGGUGCAAAAGAAGCCAUACCGGUUUGAGACCAUUAUCCAAAAUGUCCGGGAUUCGAUGCGGAAUCCCAUUUCUGAAGAGGAGGUCGCCGUGUGCCUGGACAUCCUGGCGGAGAAGGAUAUCGCAGGUGAUUGGAUAGAGAUUGUUACGGUCAACCAGCUGAAGUCGGUCGUCUUGAAGUCCGGGCGGGUCGACGUCUCACCAAGAGAAAUCGGGGCCAAGGUUGCCAAGAUGAAAAUCGGCUGGGAGGAUCAUACGACAUAG